GGCAGCAGCGGUGACAGCAGGCACGGCUCUGCGGGGGUUGCGGUCAGGCCCCGUCUGAGCCGGGCAGGCCUGAGGGGGGCAGCCGGUGUGGAGGCCCGAGAAGGCCCCCAAGCAAAGACCACGAGCAAUGGUGCAGAGCAGAGCCGGGCCAGAGGGCGCCAUGUUUUGGAAGUUUGACCUCCACACGAGCUCGCACCUGGACACGCUGCUGGAGCGGGAGGACCUGAGCCUGCCCGAGCUCCUGGAUGAGGAGGACGUGCUGCAGGAGUGCAAGGUGGUCAACCGGAAGCUGCUGGACUUCCUGCUGCAGCCACCGCACCUGCAGGCCAUGGUGGCCUGGGUCACACAGGAGCCGCCUGCCAGUGGCGAGGAGCGACUGCGCUACAAGUACCCCAGUGUGGCCUGUGAGAUCCUGACCUCCGAUGUGCCCCAGAUCAACGAUGCCCUGGGUGCAGACGAGGCGCUCCUGAACAGGCUGUACGGCUUCCUGCAGAGUAGCGGCACCCUCAACCCGCUGCUGGCCAGCUUCUUCAGCAAGGUUAUGGGCAUCCUCAUCAACCGCAAGACGGACCAGCUCGUGUCCUUCCUUCGGAAGAAGGAUGACUUCGUCGAUCUGCUGCUGCAGCACAUCGGCACCUCAGCCAUCAUGGACCUGCUGCUGCGCCUGCUGACCUGCGUGGAGCGGCCGCAGCUGAGGCAGGACGUGGUCAACUGGCUCAAUGAGGAGAAGAUCGUCCAGCGGCUCAUCGAGCAGAUCCACCCGUCCAGAGACGACAAUCAACAUUCCAACGCCUCCCAGUCCCUGUGCGACAUCAUCCGCCUGAGCCGGGAGCAGAUGAUCCAGGUCCAGGACAGCCCGGAGCCCGACCAGCUGCUGGCCACCCUGGAGAAGCAGGAGACUGUCGAGCAGCUGCUGAGCAACAUGCUGGAGGGGGAGCAGAACCAGUCCGUCAUCGUGAGUGGGAUCCAGGUGCUGCUGACCCUGCUGGAGCCCCGGCGGCCGAGGUCUGAGCCGGUGACCGUGAACAACUUCUUCAGCAGCGUGGAUGGGCAGCUGGAGCUCCUGGCCCAGGCCACCCUGGACGGCGCCGUGUCCAGCAUGGGCGCCCUGCACGCCCUGCGCCCGCGGCUCAGCUGCUUCCACCAGCUCCUGCUCCAGCCGCCUGAGCUGGAGCCGCUGCGCACGACGUGGGGCAACCUGUCCCCCCCACUGGGCAACAUGCGGCUGCACGUGGUCAAGCUGCUGGCCAGCGCCCUGAGCGCCAAUGACGCAGCCCUGACCCAGGAGCUCCUGGCACUGGAUGUGCCCAACACCAUGCUGGACCUCUUCUUCCACUACGUGUUCAACAACUUCCUGCACGCCCAGGUGGAGGUGUGCGUGAGCGCCAUGCUGAGCUCCGGGCCUCCUUCCGACGACAGCCCCGAGCCGCCCACCCCAAACCCCGUCAUGAAGCAUCUGCUGCAGCAGUGCCGCCUAGUGGAGCGCAUCCUGACGUCCUGGGAAGAGAACGACCGAGUACAGUUGGCAGGGGGUCCAAGGAAAGGCUACAUGGGCCACCUGACCCGAGUGGCCAACGCGCUGGUGCAGAACGCUGAGAAGGGGCCCAACGCCGAGCAGCUGGGGCAGCUGCUGAAAGAGCUGCCAGAAGAGCAGCGGGAGCAGUGGGAGGCCUUCGUGUCAGGACCCCUGGCUGAGACCAACAAGAAGAACAUGGUGGACCUGGUGAACACGCACGGCAUGCACUCGUCCAGUGACGACGAGGACGACCGGCUCAAGGAGUUCACCUUCCCUGAGGAGGCCGUGCUGCAGCAGGCCUUCAUGGACUUCCAGAUGCAGCGCAUGACCUCGGCCUUCAUCGACCACUUUGGCUUUAAUGAUGAGGAGUUCGGGGAGCAGGAGGAGAGCGUGAAUGCACCUUUCGACAAGACGGCCAGCAUCACCUUCUCCCUCAACGCCGACGAUGAGAAUCCCAACGCCAACCUGCUGGAGAUCUGCUACAAAGACCGGAUUCAGCAGUUUGAUGAUGAGGAGGAAGAUGACGAUGAUGAGGGCCAGGGCUCUGGGGAGUCUGACGGAGAAGAUGGCGCCUGGCAGGGGGGCCAGCUGGCCAGGGGGAGCCGCCUGGGCCCACCCCCGGGCAUGCGGAGUGGAGGCAGUACGGACAGCGAGGAGGAGGAUGAAGAGGACGAGGAUGAGGAGGAUGGGGCCGGUGGAGCGGACGGAGAGGGCGCCGGGGCCCGCGCAUACCCUGGCUCUCAGCCUCUGGGCACCAGCUGGACAGCCGCCUUUGACCCAGUGCCUACAGUCGCCCAAACGGACCCCCGGGAUGAGGAGUCUCGCUCUGGAUCACCUGCCCCACAGGGGCCACGUGACACACCCCAGGACCUCCCGGCCCAGAGCCUGGCCAGUCCCCCAGCCCACAACGCCCUGCAGCUCAGGUCUCAGGACCCCGCUGACCCCUCAGCACCUCAGGAAGCCACAGAUGGCAGCACCCUCACGGAGACGGAGACGGAGACGGAGACGGAGCCCUCAGACCCCUGCCAGGCCUUGGUCAGCAUGGGGGACCUCCAGGCCACCCUCAGGGGCAUGUCCUCCACCCCCGGCUCCUUGGACAGUGCAGCCAGAGACCCUGCUACCUCUGGCCCAGCAUCUGGGGCCCACCAGCCCCCCCAGACCACAGAGGGGGAAAAAAGCCUAGAACCCUUGGGGCAUCCCCAAAGCCAGAGUGCCCAAGCCCUUGAGCCAGCUCCUGUGCCCAGUGGCCCCUCACCCGGAGGGCCCUCACCCCCAGGCUCCCAGUGAGUGCUUGUGGGUGGAGGUUUCGGGUGGGGCCCCGCGGCAGGGGCAGGGAGGGGGGCUGGGCAGGCCCGCUGCGGCUCCUCACAGGCUCUCCUCUGGUUCCAGGUGACUGCCUGGUCCUGGUGGUGGCGGCUGAUCUCCGUGCUCUGCGUGGAUCGCUCGGGUGGGGGCAGGGCAGAUCCCACGAUAACCCUGUCGCCCCAUCCUCACCCACCCCCCCCACAUUCUCCCUGGACUCCCAGGAGGCUGGUGCCCAGGAGACAGGCGACCCCCCCCAUUUGCACUGAGAAAAGAAACUACAGAGUUUUGUCUCUUAGAAUAAAGAGAGAGAGUGGAUAGAGGGAUGGAGAGAGAGACCUAUAUUCUAUAUAUAUAUAUAUAUAUAUAUGUAUCGAGGAAGAGAGAGUGGGUGGAGAGCCGGGAGGAAGCCAGGCUGGCCGGGUGGAUGGGGGCUGCGUUGGGGGUCCCAGGGUUGCUGCCUCACAGACAGCGCUCCGCCCUCGGGGGCAGACACCACACCGCACUCGUGCUCCCCAGGGCCUGAGUGGGGGCCGUGCCUUUGCCCACCCCCCUGCCCUGGACCCUGCACUUUGACCCGGCUGGGAGCUUAAGGGCCCCCAGCCUGGCCUGGCUGACUUCUCUGAUCUGGGGGGGAAGCCCAGGGUCCGCGUCCAAGGUGGACUCCCAGUGACAUUCCCAUGGGGCCCUGAUACACCCACUGAGACCCCAGCCCUGGGGCCCCAGGGCAGGGGUCUGGUGGGAUCCCUCCCUACGCCUGAGGGCUUGGGGUCCCGCUGGCUGCCAAGUGACCUUGUCCCCAGCUCCUUGUCCCCAGGCUGGCGUGAGAGCGUGUUCGUGCCGAGCUUCUGUUUCAUAUCGCAGAUAUAAAUAAAAACAGUUUAAGACCCGC